CAGUAUAUAAUAAAACUCCACUUUCAUGCCUUAGAUCAACACAAAAUAGAAGCUCUAAGCUUCUAACAAGUUUGCUUUUUUUUUUUUUGUGUGUGGUGUUCUUGAUUUUCUUACUUUGAGGAGCCAUUGGGUGUGGUUCCCAAUGAGGAUUCUCAUCCUCUUUCGAGGAGCACUUCUGUGCUUCGACCUAUUUUUAUUAUUUUCUGUAACUUUCUGCUAUGGUGACGAUGAUAAUAGUACAGUUGAGGUAGUUGGGAUCGGAGAAUGUGCAGACUGUGCAGAGAGCAACAUUAAGGCCAACCAGGUACUUUCAGGGCUUCACGUAACAAUAGAUUGCAAACCAGAAAAUGGAGAGUUCAAAACAAGAGGAACUGGCGAGUUGGACGAAGAAGGAAAGUUCAUUGUGAACCUUCCUAAUGAUAUGGUAAAUGAAGGAAAACUAAAGGAAGAAUGCUAUGCUCAACUUCACAGUGCCUUAGCCACACCAUGUCCUGCCCAUAGUGGCCUAGAGUCUUCCAAGAUUAUCUUCAAGUCCAAAAGCAAUGGUAAACACACAUUUGGCCUUGUAGGGAAACUGAAAAUUUCACCCGUAACCUGUACUUCAGCUUUCUUAUGGCAUCAUCACUUCAAACACUCACCAUUACCCAAGUUGCCACCAUUGAAAAGCUUUGGCCAUGGCCAUCCAUAUCUAUUUCCUCCGAAGGUGUUUCCUCCAUUACCUCCUAAGGUGUUUCCUCCAUUACCUCCUAAGGAGUUUCCUCCAUUCCCACCAAAGUUCUUCCCUCCAAAGCCUCUCCCUCCACCAAUACCAGUCUAUAAGCCUCCACCUAAAUUGCCAGUUUUCAAGUCUCCUCCUCCUCCUGUCCCAAUCUACAAACCAAAACCAAAGCCACCUCUUCCUCCUGUCCCAAUCUACAAACCAAAACCAAAGCCACCAGUUUUUAAACCUCCUCCUGUGCCAAUCUAUAAGCCAAAACCAAAGCCACCUCCUCCUCCUGUCCCAAUCUACAAACCAAAACCAAAGCCACCUCCUCCUCCUAUCCCAAUCUACAAACCAAAACCAAAGCCACCAGUCUUCAAGCCUCCUUCUGUACCAAUCUAUAAGCCAAAACCAAAGUCAGCUCCUCCUCCUGUCCCAAUCUACAAACCAAAACCAAAACCGCCAGUCUUCAAGCCUCCUCCUGUACCAAUCUAUAAGCCAAAACCAAAGCCACCAGUCUUCAAGCCGCCACCUCCUGUCCCAAUCUACAAAUCAAAACCAAAACCACCAGUCUUCAAGCCUCCUCCUCCUGUCCCAAUCUAUAAACCAAAACCAAAGCCACCAGUCUUCAAGCCUCCUCCUGUACCAAUGUAUAAGCCAAAACCAAAGCCACCAGUAUUCAAGCCUCCUCCUGUUCCUAUCUAUAAGCCAAAACCAAAGCCACCUGUCUUCAAGCCUCCCCCUGUUCCAAUCUAUAAGCCAAAACCAAAGCCACCUGUAUUCAAGCCUCCUCCUGUUCCCAUCUAUAAGCCAAAACCAAAGCCACCACUUUUCAAGCCUCCUCCUAUCCCAAUCUACAAACCAAAACCAAAGCCACCGGUCUUCAAGCCUCCCCCUAUACCAAUCUAUAAGCCAAAACCAAAGCCACCAGUCUUCAAGCCUCCUCCUGUUCCUAUCUAUAAGCCAAAACCAAAGCCACCAGUCUUCAAGCCUCCUCCUGUUCCCAUCUAUAAGCCAAAACCAAAGCCACCAGUCUUCAAGUCUCCUCCUGUUCCCAUCUAUAAGCCAAAACCAAAACCUAAACCACCAGUCUAUAAGCCUCCUCCAGUUCCCAUCUACAAGCCAAAACCAAAACCACCAUUUUACAAGCCUCCUCCAAUUCCCAUCUACAAGCCAAAACCAAAGCCACCAAUCUUUAAGCUUCCUCCUGUUCCAGUAUACAAACCAAAACCACCAAUCUUUAAGCUUCCUCCUAUUCCAAUCUACAAACCAAAGCCACCAAUCUUUAAACCUCCUCUUGUUCCAAUCUAUAAACCAAAACCACCAAUCUUUUAUAAGCCUCACCCUCUAAUCCCAAAGAUACCUCCAUUUAAGAAGAAGCCAUACCCUCCUCUUCCUAAACUUCCUCCUUUUCCAAAGAUUCCUCCAAAGCCCUACCAUCACCCCAUAUUUGGAAAAUGGCCUCCAUUGCCACCAUUUUCUCCUAUUCAUUAGGCUCUCUAUAUAUUAUUAAUGUAGUACACCUACAAGGUUGAUAUUUAUGACUCUCUAGUGUGAAGUUAUCAGUACCAAAAAUAAAACCUUGAAGGUAGUCGAAUAAUUUCAUGCACAUUUAUUGCCUCAAGAAUGUGUUUUAAUUAAUGGUUUUCUUUAUAUUUGUAAACGUUGCAUCUUUAAUUUGUAUGCCUAUCACUAUUUUUAAUUAAUAAUUUAUUUU